UGACGUCACUGAGGCGCCCUGGCUCUCCUGAGCCGCUGGUACUGCUGGCAAAAGAUGGGAAAAUCAGAUAGCCAUUUAUAGAAAUAAUAACAUAAAAUAACCGUUUUGUCUCCCAUAUCCAUUUCACAAAGGACUGAGUUCUGGCAUCGAUUUGAGCUUCACCAGACAACGAGAAAGAUUGGUGUUAUAAUUCAUAACACUGGGAAAUUCUCGUAACAUCGUCAGCCCAUUAAGUGGAGAACAAGUGACAUAUCAUGACUAUUGUGCCCAGUGUCUCCAGUUAAAGCAGGACCAUCGGCACAAAUUCACCCAACUGUUGGAAGGUAGAACCAAAAAUCUGCAAGUAUAUAACCGCUGCUACUUGGAGUCGUACUUCAGAUUUUCUCUUAGCGUCCUUCCUCUAUAAAGCACAAGAUGUACGGUAGUGCCCGCUCUGUUGGCCGAGGGGAUGCCAACCAUAGUGGAGGAAGAGAUGGAGGCAGUGCUAGUAAUCAGGGAUCUGGUCGAUCUCCUCGCCUUCCUCGUUCUCCUCGAAUGGGACACCGACGUACCAAUAGCACUGGUGGAAGUGGAGGAGGUCCUGGCGGAGCUGGAGGCAAAACUCUUUCCAUGGAGAACAUCCAGUCUCUAAAUGCUGCUUAUGCCACCUCAGGACCAAUGUACCUGAGUGAUAAUGAAGUUGCAAUAGCAGGCGAACUUAUUCCCAAAAGUGGCGGGACAGUGACCACCAUGGGGAGACAGAGGGUGACAUAUGGAUCGAGAAGUAGCAGCAGUGGAAUUGUAGCUGCUAGCACUCCCAAUAUUUCCACCACAGUGCCUGCCAAUGCUGUGUUGCCAGCAGGCAUGAUGGCAGGUGAUGCUCUAGCUUUUGGGGACCACCACAUGGCUUCCACAGUGCCCCAUUCUCUAAGGCAGGCUAGAGAUAACACCAUACUUGACCUGCAGGCCCAACUUAAAGAGGUUCUGCGUGAGAAUGAGAUGUUGCGACGAGAAGUGGAAGUUAAAGAGAGCAAACUCGGUUCCUCAAUGAAUUCUAUCAAGACUUUCUGGAGCCCAGAGUUAAAGAAGGAGCGUGCUCUCAGGAAAGAUGAAGCUUCUAAGAUCUCUGUUUGGAAGGAACAGUACCGUGUUAUUCAAGAUGAAGCACAGCAUCUCCAGAUGACUGUUCAAGCUCUUCAGGAUGAGCUGAGGAUUCAAAGGGACCUGAAUCAGCUGCUCCAGCAAGACCCUGCCAGCCAAGGAAGAGACCUGGCCCUGUCAUCUGAACCUACAGAGGAGAACUACCGGCGCCUUCAGGGGGAGCAUGAGAGGCAGGCUAAGGAGCUUUUUCUUCUCAGGAAGACGCUGGAGGAGAUGGAGCUGAGAAUUGACACACAGAAGCAAACCCUGGGAGCCAGGGACGAGUCCAUCAAGAAACUUCUGGAGAUGUUGCAAAGCAAAGGGCCAUCUGCCAAGGCAUCAGAGGAAGACCAGGAGAGGACCAGGAGGCUGGCUGAUGCAGAGAUGCACCGGCAUCAUCUUGAGAGUUUACUGGACCAGAGAGACAGAGAGAUUACAGCACUGAGAGAGGAGCUCCACCGCCGAUAUGAAGGAACCCCUGAGUCCACCAAAACAAAGGCUCUACAGACUGUUAUUGACAUGAAGGAUGCAAAAAUCAACUCAAUGGAACGGAGCCUGAGGGAUAUGGAGGAGGAGCUGCUAAUGCUUAAAUCCAAUGGACUUCUGAGCUGUGAGGAGCGCCAAGAGGAGAUGAAACAGAUGGAGGUGUACCGCAGUCACACCAAGUUUAUGAAGAACAAGAUGGAGCAGGUGAAACAGGACCUCUCAAGGAAAGACACAGAGCUGCUUGGGUUGCAGACCAAACUAGAGACACUAACCAACCAGUUCUCAGACAGCAAACAGCACAUUGAAGUUCUCAAAGAGUCCCUCACUGCCAAGGAGCAGCGGGCUGCCAUCUUACAAACAGAGGUUGAUGCCUUACGUCUGCGGUUGGAAGAGAAGGAGGCAACUCUGAAUAAGAAGAGCAAGCAGAUACAAGAAAUGUCAGAGGAGAAGGGAACUCUGAAUGGAGAAAUCCACGACUUAAAGGACAUGCUGGAGGUGAAGGAGCGCAAAAUUAAUGUGUUACAAAAAAAGAUUGAAAACCUGCAGGAGCAACUGAGGGACAAGGAGAAGCAAAUGAGCAGCCUGAAGGAGCGAGUCAAGUCCUUGCAGGCAGACACUUCCAACACUGACACUGCUCUCACAACACUGGAGGAGUCUCUUGCAGAAAAGGAGCGCAUCAUUGAGCGUCUAAAGGAGCAGCGAGAUAGAGACGAUCGGGAGAAGACAGAGGAGCUCGACUGCACCAAGAAGGAACUGAAAGAGCUGAAAGAGAGACUGAGCUUACUGCAGGGAGACCUGUCAGACAGAGAGACUUCUUUGUUGGACCUGAAGGAGCACGCAUCAUCCCUGGCCUCCUCAGGAUUGAAAAAAGACUCCAAACUCAAGACUCUGGAAAUUGCCUUCGAGCAGAAGAAGGAGGAGUGCCUCAAACUGGAGAACCAACUAAAGAGAGCUCAGAAUGCAGCACUGGAAGCCCAAGCCAACACUGAGCUGGCCGAGCGCAUCAAGAACCUGCAGCAGGAAGUGGCCCGCCACAAAGAGGAUUCUGGGAAGGCACAGGCGGAGGUGGACCGCCUUCUUGAGAUACUUCGGGAAAUGGAGAAUGAGAAAAAUGACAAGGACAAAAAGAUCAGUGAACUGGAGAGUUUGGCCUCCAGGCAAAUGAAGGACCAGUCGAAAAAGGUGGCAUCGCUGAAGCACAAGGAGCAGGUGGAGAAGAGCAGGAAUGCUCGGCUAAUGGAGGAGGCCAAGAAGAGAGAGGACAACAUGUCAGAAUCCUCCCAGCAGGUGAAGGACACAUUGCGUCAGAAGACCGAGCGCAUAGAGGAGCUGGAGGAGGCGCUGAGAGAGAGCGUUCAAAUCACUGCUGAGCGAGAGAUGGUGCUGGCACAGGAGGAGGCUGCCCGGUCUCUGCAGGAGAAACAGAUGGAGGAGCUGCUGGGCGCCAUGGAGAAGGUGAAGCAGGAGCUUGAGUCCAUGAGGGCCAAGCUGGCCUCUACCCAACAGUCUCUGUGUGAGAAGGAGGCACACCUCACAACCCUGCGAGCUGAGCGGAGGAAACACCUGGAGGAGGUGCUAGAGAUGAAGCAGGAGGCGCUGUUGGCUGCUAUCAGUGAGAAGGAUGCGAACAUCGCAUUGCUGGAGUUGUCAUCUUCCAAGAAGAAGAAGACCCAGGAUGAGGUGGCUUUGCUAAAGCGAGAGAAGGACCGACUGGUUCAACAGCUCAAGCAGCAGACUCAGAACAGGAUGAAGCUGAUGGCAGACAACUAUGAAGAUGAGCAUCUGAAGACUGCACCUGACCAGACAAAUCAUAAACCCUCUCCAGAUCAGACGAUCCCCCCUCUUUUAGCUUUGUCCCAGAACCGCAGUAAGCUCAAACUCUACAUCGCCCACCUGACCGACCUUUGCCAUGACCGAGACCCCAGCAUCCUCAGUCAGCUCACACCACCUUCUCACUACCACCACAGCGACCCGGAAGACUGGGAGGAAGAGCUUCAGAAGAUGAGUGUCGAACAGUUGGAGCGGGAGCUGGAGGUGUGUGAGAAGGAGAGCUGUGAGCUGCAGGAGUACGCCAACUCUGUUCUCCAGCAAAUUGCAGACUACUGCCCUGAUAUCCUGGAACAGGUUGUCAAUGCGCUGGAGGAGUCAUGCUGACAACUCUGACCUCAAACAGAACCAGGCUGAGUCCAGGAGCCCCUACCUCUUCUCAGAACGAAGAAAGACAGCUGGGAUGUUAUUACUCAUCCUGCUAGACUCUUCCUCUUUGUGCCCCUCGUCUACCCUGCAAAAAACUCUCAGGGUUAAAGAGUGCUUUCCUGUCUCGCAUGUUGCUCUGAGGACAGACAAAAUCAAAUUAGGGAUGUUCAUAAAGUAAAUGUGGCGUUUAAAUAAAUAUCAGAUUCAGUGCAAAGAACUGAAGUACUCACAUUUUACAUGGUCAUGUCAGGCUGAAAGGGAAAUACUGGAGGAUAUUGGAACAUCUUUGUAAACCAUCAUUUCAUGCAGGUACUUGGAGAGAAGGCAGCUAUCAGGUUAAAGAAGGAAACUUCUGCACAGUCUCAAAGUGUACUGCCAACCUUCCUCUGCCUCUACAGAGCCUCACUUAGAGCAGGAUGCCAGAUGAGGCACUGUUAUAUUCCUCUUAGAUUGUCCCACAGACUUUUUGAAGUUUAAAAGGGGCACAUGCAUCCCUUCCAUGGGACAGGAAAGCACUUUUUUUGUCCUGGAGAACUAGGGAGCUGCUACAUCUGGAGGGGGCAGAGAGGAGCUGAGUUCAGACAGUAAAGCGCAGAGCCAUUUAGAUGCUUGUUUUGUAUUUAUGUCAGUGUUACCUAAUGUAGUAACACUUCCUAAAUGCCACUUUGUAACCAAACGCAUGCUCCUGUAACGUUUCAAUGUAGCUAGUAUUAGAAUGUAGGUACGUUACUGUGUCAUCAGUGGCUGGGUCAUUGGCAUUAGAGGGGGAUCAAAGUUCGACCUUUAAUCUAAGAUCAGAUUUUAGUUACUGUGUUCUCAGUGAGAGAGAGGGUAGAAAAAAAACAAACAAAAAAAAAAAAACGUUUAUUGUUGACGUUUUCAUUUCUAGAUGGUUUUGCACAGUGUCCACUUGUUUGAGGUAUGCAAUGUUUCUUUUGAGAACAUUCUCGUGGCCUUGGAGCAUGCACAGAGAUCAGUACUGGACCUAGCGCAGGGAUAUUUAUUCCUCUGUAAAACUGGUGCUAAGGCAGAUGUAAGAAUUUAACUGAUCGUCAUCCAGUCUCAUCCAAAGUUUCUAUAGAUAUUACUUAAAGCCCACCUUAUCUUUAGUUUAUCGACUGAAGAAUACUAGCGAUACCCUUUAUUUCUUGUACUUUCAGAUCACUUAUAAAUGAUGCCUCUUGUAUUUUUUAAAAUCUUCAGGGCUGAGGUUUUUAAUUACGAAGUGCAUCUACAUUUACAGGAACUGAAAGUCACUUUCCAGCAGAUUUUGACUUUUUAGAUCAGUUUGUAAAUAAUGUGGUAUUUAACACGUACAGUGACAGAAUAAAGGUAAUUAAGUGGAAGGUGUUGUGCAUUCUGUUAAAAAAAAAGCAGCACAGUCGUCUUUUGUGUCUAAUUUUGUCCUCAGGACAAAAUGUAUGUAUAUGACAGUACUGCCAUAACUUGGGGGAAAGUUAUGUUCUAAAGAUAUAUAUAUAUAUAUAUAAAUAAAUAUAUAUAUAAAUAUGAUAUAUAAAAUGUUUACUGUAUUGAUAUGCAUUGAAUGUUUGCACAGAAUCUUACAGAGCAAGCUGCUCUAAACAAAAUGAGAGUUCGUGUUUUCAGCAGAAACUGGGGAAAGAAGUGUUUAAAAAAAAAAAUAAAAGUUGUGUCAAAACAAUGUGUGAAUUACAAACGUUUCCAAAUCGUGACUGUGUGAUUGGAGAGUACUUUUCUUGCAUUUAUUUCUAAUUGUCUUUUUUUUAAAUAAAUAUAUUUUCACCAAAUGGUGAUGUAUGUAGAAUCCAGAUUCCUGUCUUGUCUUUACAUUUCUUACAUGAGUAGUUCUGUUUGUGAGCAUGAAGGAUAAAAGUCUGCAGCCAUCACAGCUUUCCUGCCGUUAGAGGUUAGAGGAAAAGUGGGUUUAGUGACAAAACAUCCUGUUUGUCAGACUAACAGACGCAUUAGGGGAGGAUGUCAGAUUGAGAACCAAACACACAGCUGGGGUUGAAGGAUGAGAGUCAGUUGCUUCCUUUGGUGCUUCUUUAUCAAACUGAGUGGAGACUUGUUGCUUUAACUCCUCAGUGCUAGCUUCAGAUAAGUGUUUUAUUCCCCUUACUUUGGCUUGUGUCCCUGCCUUUGCCUUAAAUGUCUGGUCAUUUCAUUUUCUUAACUCUGUGGAACACAGAUCUGAUUAAGGGGCUUCAAGUUAAUAUCUUUUCAUUCUUUUGCAUUUAUAUGAGAAAUGUACUGCCUUGUCUGUUCAUGUUAUGAAUCAAACUGUUUAAAAAGAAAGCAAAAUAAAAAAAUGUUAGUCUUUUGGAUUUUGUAUGUAUGUAAAUAAAUAAUAAGCCGA